AUAAGGACUUUGGAGUUUGUUGGCCAAAAGAGCUGUUUCUGCAUUCUGCAUUUUAACCAGUCUUUCUUUCCAUGGAGACUUCGGGGACAAAAGGCAUGAUUCUAUUAAUGGUUCAUUCUGUCAGAAAUAAAAUAUUGCUUUUCCGGAUGGCAUUCCUUAAGGAGCCUCAGCAAGGCUGACAUAAGAUGUGCCUGCAGCCCCGUAACACAAUUCCUCUUUUCUCUUCAGAAAUCCAGAUACAACUGCUGCAAUUAUUCAGAGGAAGUGGGUUAUCCAGAUGGACUGGAGCCAAUGCGGAGCACUCAAAUGGAUCCGUUCUGUGUUUCUGAUGGACAGAAAGUGUGAAGACUCUUAGGGACGGUGGACCUAGCAAAAUCAUGGACUUGCUUUUGGUUGCCAAGCCUCAUGUGUUAUCAACAAUUUUAGUCCAGCUAUCAAAUCACUCCAGUUUUUUGUAGGUUGGGAGGAGAGAGUGGGUUAGAAAUGCUGCUACAUUUCUGUUUCUCUGUCUCUCAUGUCCGUUUUCAGGUCCUUCCUCAACUCCAUCACCUUUGCUGGUGCUUACCUGCUUCGCAGCCCCUGUUAGGCCAGCCAUGCUGAUCCUCACCUGCCCCUCGAAGCUGCAGCUGUUAGAGGGUGUGCUGCGAAGAUGCCUGCCUGAGACGCUUCCGAUAUAUGGAGCCAUCCUGCACAUCAACCGUGGAAACCCAGCUCAGUCUGAAGUGGUGGUGGACUCUUGGCCAGAAUUUAAAGCUAUCAUUACCCGCCCAAAAAAGGAGGUAGUGAAAGACAAGUGGGAUUACUACGCCAAUUUCUAUGCUGCUUUCUACCGUGAUGCGGAUUCCUGCCGAGCACUCCUGGAAAAUAAUGAUGUAGUUGACUGGAGUGCGGCCCUCCAGAUCCAAGGACUGCAAGAUGGCCUAUAUGAAAUUGUCAAAGAAAUUGCAGAGGCCAGCCAUGUCCAGCUGGAGCCAUAUUUUUAUCGGCCAGUGAUGCAUCCAGAUCCAUCUACUCUCCGUCAGAGUCGGCUCACAAAUGACCUCCUCCGUUUUGGGGCCCUCAACCCAUCUCAUGCAAGUUUUCUCAAUGAAGUAUGGGACUUUGGGGGCAAUCAUCGAAGCCGGCGGUAUCUGGAGAGCUUGAUCCGUCUCUUCCCUAGUGCUUGCCUCGUAGACAAGGAAGACCAGGUUGUCUCCUGGUCCCUCACUGAUCCCGUCAGCUGCUUAUCACAUGGCUAUACCCUUCGUCAGUACCGGGGACAGGGCUGUUCGGGAAUUGUCCUGCAGAGGCUAGGUGGAAAGCUCCACUCCCUUGGCUUUCCGUUGUAUGCUGGGGUUCUGGCAGAGAACCAACCCUCCUUGCAAACAUUAAAGAAACAGGGCUUCCAUAUUUUGCCUGGGACAUACUACAUGCUGACUGUGAAACCAAACCUUGCUCUCAAGAAUUAGCAAGGGACAAUGGUCUCAGGGGAUCUGGACCUCCCCCCUUAAUGAAGUCAUUGAUGAAAAAAGACAAAGCGAUGGUUAGAAUGGAGGGAUGAAGUUCAAAGGCUCUUCCUCUGAACAUCUUCAUGAUUAAAUCAUAAGCAAGGGGAAGAAAA